AUGUCUGAAGAGUUAACAAUACCACAAGUAGUGGACGACCUUACCGGUAAAGAAGAUCUCAGUCGAACAUUUAAAGACAUUGCAGCCGGCAUUUCCGGCGGUAUCGCACAGGUUCUUGUUGGACAACCCUUCGACAUCACUAAAGUGCGGCUACAGACUUCUACAACGCAGACCUCCGCGCUUAAGGUGGUUAAAUCUUUGGUGAAGAAUGAAGGACUGAAGGGGUUUUACAAGGGUACGACUACACCGCUUAUAGGUGUGGGAGCUUGUGUUUCUUGCCAGUUCGGAGUUAACGAAGCCAUGAAAAGAUAUUUUCAUAGAAAGAACAAUUACUCUAGUCCCACACUGAAACUCAAAGAAUACUAUGCUUGUGGAGUAGUCAGUGGCUGCGCCAAUGGGUUUUUGACGGCACCUAUAGAGCAUGUGCGAAUACGUUUGCAGCUUCAGACCAGUUCUCUGGCAACCGCUGAGUAUACUGGAGCCGUUGACUGCAUAAAAAAACUAAUCACUUCGGGAAAAAUCAUGCGUGGGCUCACUCCAACUCUGCUUAGAACAUCUCAUGGCUUCGGUAUCUACUUUUUGACCUACGAAUCUCUUUUGGCGUCCGAGGCCAAGAAAGGGGUUAAAAGAGUCGACAUACCAUCCUGGAGACUAUGCUCGUACGGUGCUCUAUCUGGAGUAAAUCUGUGGCUAAUGGUAUAUCCGUUCGAUGUCAUGAAGUCUGUCAUGCAAUCAGACGAUCUUCGGAAACCUGUGAAUGGGAAAAACGUCGCUCAGGUCGCAAAAUACAUAUACUCCACAAGGGGUAUCAAAGGAUUUUUCAAAGGCUUUGCACCAACCAUGUUGAGAUCCUUACCAGUGAAUGCUGCUACAUUCACGGUUUUUGAGCUUGCGAUGAGGUUGAUGGGCUGA